AUGUCGUCCGACUCUGCCUACGCCGCGUUCCUCGACAAGGCCAACCAGGGCCUCGAGACAGCCACAGCCACCGACAAGCCCAGCAAGAAAGACGAUCACGACUCCGGCUUCAUCUCGAGCAAGACGCUGGACGUCGACGAGCAGCGAGUCCCUCCCAGCCUGCGCGUCGACGCCUUCUACUCCUCCGAGACCGACGAGCCCUUUGAGCCCGUCGUCCUGGCCCUCGACCACUUCCCCUCCGAGGAUGAGUUCCCACAGCUCGUCCACGGCUCCACCGCGCCCAAAGUCCAGGUGAGCGUCCUCUCGCCGGCCCAGUUCGACCGCCGCGGCCAGUACACGUCAGUCCUCGAGGCAGUGAAGGCCGCCUGCUCGUCCACCGCAUCCGCGUCGGCCGCAGCGUCGGCAGCUGAAGUGCGAGUCUACAGAGUGCAGCACGACCAUUCUCGCGCUGAGUACUGGCUGCUCGCCCUCGACGUCGACGGGGGCCGCCUGCUCGGUCUGAAGGCGAGGGCCGUCGAGACCUAG